AGAUAUCGUGGAGAUACGCGGACUUUAUGCACAGAAAGGGGUUAAACCAAGUGAAGUGGCAUCUCGACCUAUAACAACCGCUGAUCACGGAUAUAAGAGCACACGAGGAGCAUGACUAAGUUGCUUAGACAAUAUGCUUAAUGUUCGUACGUAAAUCGAAGUGUUAUUACGACCUCACAGACUGGGCCGAUAGAUGGGAUAUAUAAAAGAGCAUGACGAUCCGUGUACCAGGAGACCUGGAGGUGAGACCUCAGGCUAGAGAAGCAGGCGACCCGAUUCGCCAUAUCGAUACACGUCGUAUAACUAAAGGAAAGUGGAAGGUCCUGAGAAGCCCCUUUUAGUUAUUACACGAUGGAGGCGCCCGCUCCUAAACCUUACAUCCUACCACCCGACGCAGUCUGGUUUAUCACCGGCUGCUCAUCGGGCAUCGGUGAGGCCCUCGCCCAGCACGUUGCCACCAAGACACCCUCGAACCGCGUGGUGGCCACGGCGCGCAACCCGGCCGCGCUGUCGUCGAUCCCCGACGGCCCCCGCGUGCUGAAGUUGGCUCUCGACGUGACGUCGGAGGCGGCCAUCGGCGCGGCCUUCGACGCGGCGCUCGCGCGGUUCGGCCGCGUCGACGUCGUCAUCAACAAUGCCGGGUACGCGGUCAUGGGGGACGCGGAGGCGUCGGGGCCGGGGGACCCGGAAGGGCGGGAGCUGCUGGACACGAACUUCUGGGGCGCGGUGGACGUGACGAAGCGGGCGCUGGGCGUGAUGCGGGACGCGAACGCGCGGGGCGGGCGCGGGCGCGGCGGCGUGAUCAUCAACGUGAGCUCGAUGGGGGGGUUCUUCGGCAGCCCGGGCAGCGCGUUCUACCACGCGAGCAAGUUCGCGCUCGAGGGCUUCGCCGAGGCGGUGGCCAAGGAGCUCGACCCGGCGUGGAACAUCCACGUGUGCAACGCGGAGCCGGGCGGGGUGCGGACGCGGUACGCGGCGUCGGCGCGGCGGCUCGAGCCGCGGCACCCGGCCUACGCGGCGGACGCGGCCCUGGGCACGAACCGCAUGCUCGCCUUCCUCGGCGACCCCAGCCGGCACGACGUCUUCGCCGCCGCGCCCGAGGUCGCCGCCGCCAUCUACCAGGUCGCCGCCGCCGGCCGCCGCAUCCCCAUCCGCGUGCCCCUCGGCCUCGACGCCUGGGGCGCCGUCGCCGCCGAGCUCGACAGGGUCCGCGCCGACCUCGACGAGUUCAAGGAGCUCAGCUGCGGCAUGGGCCGCCAGACCGCCGACGACGUGGCUAAGCUCAUCGGGUAAAGACCGGGCGGGCGGGAGGAGGACAGGUAGUCGCGGCAGACCUCCAGCGCUACGGGUUUGUGUCGAAAACCUUUCGACAGUGAGGAGGUUGGAAGUUGAAGUUGGGGGUAUUGGCGGCUACUUUUUUUUGCUUCACGCGUCUUGGUACCCUCCUUCAUCAUGGACGAGUCGAUCAACUGAGUGCCUAGUACGGUUUCAAUUCUUUCGAUUUUAGAGAAGAAUGCAAGCAGGUUGUAAUACUUUAUUUCGCCUUCGUGGGUUUGAUUUAGCUAAUAUCUGAAAAUUCGCGUAUUUU